GAGAGAGCGCGUCUCCGUACAGUCACAGUGAACUGCGGGGGCCGACGGACGGUCCUCGAGAGCGGAAAGCGCUUCCAACCACGAUUUAAGUCCAUCUAAUAUUGACUUGAUCUCCUUUCCGCGUAUUUUCCUCCGGGAUUCGACGCUGUGAACUUUGUUGACGAGUCUUCGCGAAGUUCUGGGCGCCAUUUCCCCGUCCUCCGACAUGGACAACUCACGCGCCGCCUCGGGGAGCUCCUGGCCGGCUUUCACUCACUAGUCACGGGGACACAAGCGUCCAAGCCGCACCGGGGGAGCGACUUUUCCCAACUAAAUGUUUGAUGAAGUGCUCGGAAGUUUCGCUACAUUCUCCGGAGCGGUGGAUUUGUUGGUUCCAAGCGCGGCUAGACACUCGCGGUUCCCGGUUGCAGACGAGAGCGGUGUUCGCUGGUGACGUCGCGGUAACAUGGAGACUGUAAGCCGGCAGAGCUUCCAGCCUCACCCGGGACUGCAACAAACUCUCAAGCAGUUUCACCUCAGCUCUAUGAGCUCCCUCGGCGGACCGGCCGCCUUCUCCGCCCGCUGGCAGCAUGAGCUCCUCUUCAAGAAGGACGGGAAGGAACCGGAGCCGGUGCUGCAGCAUCUGCCGCCGCCCGUGAUGCCCGGCGGACCGCUCUUCAUCCCGUCGGACCGCUCCACGGAGAGGUGCGAGACGGUCCUGGAGAGUGAGACCAUCUCGUGCUUUGUGGUCGGCGGAGAGAAGCGGCUGUGUCUCCCGCAGAUCCUCAACACGGUGCUGCGGGACUUCAGCCUGCAGCAGAUCAACUCGGUGUGCGACGAGCUGCACGUCUACUGCUCCCGGUGCACCGCCGACCAGCUGGAGAUCCUCAAAGUCAUGGGGAUCCUGCCCUUCUCGGCGCCGUCCUGCGGCCUCAUCACCAAGACGGACGCCGAGCGGCUGUGCAACGCGCUCAUCUACGGCGGAGCCUACCCGCCCCGCUGCAAGAAGGAGGCGAGCCACGGAGCAGCACUAGAGCUGGAGCUCACCGACAGGAGCUUCAAGGUCUACCACGAAUGCUUCGGCAAGUGCAAGGGUCUGUUCGUGCCGGAGCUGUACGGCAGCCCCAACGCGGCGUGCAUCCAGUGCCUGGACUGCAGACUCAUGUACCCCACGCACAAGUUUGUGGUGCACAGCCACAAGGCGCAGGAGAACCGGACCUGCCACUGGGGCUUCGACUCGGCCAACUGGAGGGCCUACAUCCUCCUGGGCCAGGAUUACACGGGCAAGGAGGAGAAGAGCCGCCUGGAGCAGCUUCUGGACGAAGUCAAGGAGAAGUUUGAUUUCGCCAACAAGUACAAGAGGAAAGCCUCGUCCAGGGUGCCGGAUCCCGUCCCAAUAAAAAAGGCCAAACAUGAAGACGUCCCAGUACAAUCACCUCUGGCUGACAAGGACAAGCAGCAUGAUUGGCUACAGUCACUGUCCACCUCCAAUAAGGGGCUCAACUGUAUUCCACCCAGACAGAGACCAUCGGCUUUUAGACCCUGGUCCCCACACAUCUCUGCUGGCGACAAGGAACCCUCCAGUCACCCAUUAGCUCUUCUAAGAGACAACUUCUACAACUACAAGAGCCUGGAGAAUGCUGUGGCCCCCAAUGUUGCCCUCACACCGCUGCCCCUGGGAAAGGUGGGUCCAAUGUCCCCGUCGGUCCCCAGCACGUCACACCCGAGCGCAGGGGAACCGCCAGGCGAGGGCGCCAACGCCGGCUUGAGAGCUCGCAAGAGGAGAGCUACGGGGGAGCCGCAGCCGUGCCCUUUGACCUCCCCGGCGAGCAAGCAGCCGUCGCCUCGGGAUGACAAAGACUCGGAAGUGGAGGUGGAGGUGGAGAGCCGUGACGAGUUCACCUCCUCGCUGUCCUCCCUGUCGUCGCCCUCCUUCACCUCCUCCGGCUCGGCCAAGGACAUGAGUUCGCCGGGCGCCCUCAGGCCCACCGGCGCCGUCGCGACUUCUGAGGGCGCCGCGGCCGUCCCCGUCUCGAACCCCGUCUCGACCCCCGUCUCGACCCCCGUCUCAACCCCUCCGGAACUCGGGCUGGAGUCGGAGCUGGAGAGCCUGAGGCAGGCGCUGGACAACGGCCUGGACUCCAAAGAGUCCAAGGAGAAGUUCCUGCAUGAGAUCGUGAAGAUGAGGGUGAAGCAGGAGGAGAAGUUGGGCUCCGCUCUGCAGGCCAAGCGCAGCCUCCAGCAGGAGUUAGAGUUCUUGCGGGUGGCGAAGAAAGAGAAACUGCGGGAAGCGACGGAGGCCAAGCGUAACUUGAGGAAGGAAAUCGAGCGCCUGCGAGCCGAGAGCGAGAAGAAGAUGAAGGAAGCCAACGAGUCGCGGGUUCGUCUGAAGCGGGACCUGGAACAAGCUCGCCAGUUGCGGGUCUGCGAUAAAGGAUGCGAGGCGGGACGUCUGCGUGCAAAGUACUCUGCGCAGAUCGAAGACCUGCAGACGAAGCUGCAACACGCCGAGGUGGACCGAGAGCAGCUGCGGGCCGACUUACUGCAGGAGCGGGAGGCCCGGGAGCACUUGGAGACCAUGGUGAAGGAGCUGCAGCGGCAACUUUGGCCCAGCGACAAAGACUUGACAGCCAAGGACAAGGACGUGCAGUCCCAAAAGUGAAGCCAUUGUCGCCGAGCAGUCCACCCCAAGUCCUCCAUCACUCACACACACCGCAGACAGUUUGUCCCACAAGUCGUCCACAUGCUCACACCAGAGGACGGCACACGAGACUUUGACCGGGAAGGCGACAGAAUCCGCGGCGAGGAAGGACGUCAACUUAAAAGUGGUCUCGCACGCCUCGCUGGCAGAAGUGGAAUCAUUGCACACGACAAAAAGGAAAGGACGUCUGCGGUCAUAAAAGCUAAAAGACGAUCGUGUUUCCCGCAAAACCCUCCAUCUUUGUCCCCAUGAGGUUUGACGCGACAUGGACUACACAGCGAUGUAACGAAAGAUACGUGCAAAUACAAACAAAUAAACUAUGUGCCGACAUGGCGUUUUUUUUCUUCUUGUUUUUUUUUUAGGGACGCCAUAAAAACUCAGAUUUUGAUUCCUGUUCAAGCAAACUUUUAAUCUUCUAAAGAUUUCAUAUUCCACACAUAAGCGUGGUCUUUUCAUCUUAUUUCAUGCACGUGAUGCAUUUAUUUUCGACAAUAUUCACUCCCUCCAGGAUUUUGCGGGCUUUUUUUUACGAUUGUCGUGGCCUAAAAAUGCCCGAAUUUACGGCAGUUUUUUAAGAAAAGUUGCAAUUUUACUUUCAAUAACAUUGAAUCGACUUGUGAUUUUAUGAACUCGCUAUCAAUAUUUUAAGUUUAAAGCAAUGUUUUUAAGGUUUAACCUGAAAAAGCACAGGAUUUCACAACAAUUGUAAAAUACUGCAUUGAUGUUUUACUCCUUUCAUACCACAUAGUAUAAACUAGAUGGCAGUAAAUGCACAUACUUUUCAAAUUACUGUACUGUUUUAAUUCAUUACAACUUAUAAUACAGAAAGAAACACCACCGAAGGCACACCACCGAAGGCAUCCUUAAUGUCUGCUCUGUUGUCCACAAGUUGCAGACGUUCUCCGUGUAUGUUUUACACCUGAAAAGUGUAUAAAUUCUAAACAUUCAUUUCUGUUUCGAUACAUUCACCCCCGCACGCUAAGAGCAUUCGUGAACGGCUGAGAGCGAUCUACAGCGCUCAUUUUUGUUGGUAAACGAGAGACGACAAGAGAUUAUCAUCACACCCCAACAUCUCUAACAUGUUAUCUUUGCUUGGUCAGCAUUGCAAAUUAAAAUGUUUUUCAAUUGUCUUACCCUGGAUAAGUAAAGGUUGAAUAAAUAUACAAACCCCGUUUCCAUAUGAGUUGGGAAAUUGUGUUAGAUGUAAAUAUAAACGGAAUACAAUGAUUUGCAAAUCCUUUUCAACCCAUAUUCAAUUGAAUGCACUACAAAGACAAGAUAUUUGAUGUUCAAACUCAUAAACUUUAUUAUUUUUUUGCAAAUAAUAAUUAACUUAAAAUUUCAUGGCUUCUCAGGUGGAAUUCUUUCCCAUUCUUGCUUGAUGUACAGCUUAAGUUGUUCAACAGUCCGGGGGUCUCCGUUGUGGUAUUUUAGGCUUCAUAAUGCGCCACACAUUUUCAAUGGGAGACAGGUCUGGACUACAGGCAGGCCAGUCUAGUACCCACACUCUUUUACUAUGAAGCCACUUUGAUGUAACACGUGGCUUGGCAUUGUCUUGCUGAAAUAAGCAGGGGCGUCCAUGGUAACGUUGCUUGGAUGGCAACAUAUGUUGCUCCAAAAUCUGUAUGUAUCUUUCAGCAUUAAUGGCGCCUUCACAGAUGUGUAAGUUACCCAUGUCUUGGGCACUAAUACACCCCCAUACCAUCACAGAUGCUGGCUUUUCAACUUUGCGCCUAUAACAAUCCGGAUGGUUCUUUUUCUCUUUGGUCCGGAGGACACGACGUCCACAGUUUCCAAAAACAAUUUGAAAUGUGGACUCGUCAGACCACAGAACACUUUUCCACUUUGUAUCAGUCCAUCUUAGAUGAGCUCAGGCCCAGCAAAGGCGACAGCAUUUCUGGGUGUUGUUGAUAAACGGUUUUCGCCUUGCAUAGGAGAGUUUUAACUUGCACUUACAGAUGUAGCGACCAACUGAAGUUACUGACAGUGGGUUUCUGAAGUGUUCCUGAGCCCAUGUGGUGAUAUCCUUUACACACUGAUGUUGCUUGUUGAUGCAGUACAGCCUGAGGGAUCGAAGGUCAAGGGCUUAGCUGCUUACGUGAAGUGAUUUCUCCAGAUUCUCUGAACCCUUUGAUGAUAUUACGGACCGUAGAUGGUGAAAUCCCUAAAUUCCUUGCAAUAGCUGGUUGAGAAAGGUUUUUCUUAAACUGUUCAACAAUUUGCUCACGCAUUUGUUGACAAAGUGGUGACCCUCUCCCCAUCCUUGUUUGUGAAUGACUGAGCAUUUCAUGGAAUCUACUUUUAUACCCAAUCAUGGCACCCGCCUGUUCCCAAUUUGCCUGUUCACCUGUGGGAUGUUCCAAAUAAGUGUUUGAUGAGCAUUCCUCAACUGUAUCAGUGUUAAUUGCCACCUUUCCCAACUUCUUUGUCAUGUGUUGCUGGCAUCAAAUUCUAAAGUUAAUGAUUAUUUGCAAAAAAAAAAAAAGUUUAUCAGUUUGAACAUCAAAUAUGUUGUCUUUGUAGCAUAUUCAACUGAAUAUGGGUUGAAAAUGAUUUGCAAAUCAUUGUAUUUCGUUUAUAUUUACAUCUAACUCAAUUUCCCAACUCAUGGAAACGGGGUUUGUACAAAUACAUGUAAACUAGGAAGUAAGCGUUUUAUACUACAUUACCCAGAAGGCUUAGCGCUGUAGACAGGAGCAGGAAGUAGGUCUGAGCUACGACAAUUUAGCCAUUUUAUAAAUAAAUAGAUUUCUCGUUACAGGUGGCAGUUCAGGAAACAAACCUAAGUUUUAACAAAUUCGAUUGGCCGAGGCGUGCAUCGGAUAGAAAAUUGCGAGGCUCAUAAUACACGUUAAAUUUGCGUUAAAUCAGCACAAUUGUGCCGAUUCCUGGAGGGACUGAAUUAAUCGUCACGUUCAACAUUUUGAGUGUAUGGGUCACCCUUGGCAAGAAACAAAUGUUCAGUAAAUUAAGGUAUGUAAAUAUGAUUACUAUUUCUCCGACUUCAUAAUGAAUCGCACUUUGUCCUAACAAAAAUACAGUUUUUUAUGUUAAUGUACUCUCACUAUUGUCUCUCGAGCUUUUUUUUGGAAAACGUCUUAUACACGAAUGCUACCGUAUAAAUCCAGUUAACAUUUUGUUGCUUAUAUGCAUUCUCGAUGAAAUAUUGUUAUGUUUACUUAAGGCAAAGUAUUGUAAAUAAACGCAACGAAAAAGAAGGCUCUACCUGUUCCUGGCUGAGUAGUUUGGAAACAGGUCGGGAUCGGCGGCGGUGCGCCCAAACAUGAAAACGAUGACAAAUCAAGCGGGAAACUUGGAAGGAAUGAGUGGCGUUUUGAUGUCAUGUUUUCAUAUUUUGUGGCCUUCAAAGUCGCUUUUAUGGACGUUGUCUCUUCUCUUUACCAUCAGAUACCUAAACGAGGUAACUCUUUGGUUUGUUUCCAUUCAGUAGGGCGAGUUCUUAAAAAAAAGAGCCUGCACAAUCAAAUUAACUUUUAUGAAUUGGAUUUUGUUUAAAGAAUCAAACGGGACAUAUUGGCAUGAAUAUGCCGUGGCAGUUGGGUACAAUGCAAUCAAGAUGUACAUGAUGUUAAUGCUUUGAUUGAUAAUGUUUUUAUUGCUUGUCUGUUUUUUGUUUCUUUUCCCGAUUACAAAAAACUUUUUUUUGUUCAUGCAUGAAAUUUGAGAAAAGGUUUGCCAUUCAUAUCGUCAGUUAUGGGGCAUUUAUACUGUACAUAUAAGGGGGUUUUAUCGUCUUCUGCAAUUUGUCUUGACCAGGAGGAGGAAAAGGUGAUUAAAAGCAGCAAACUGUAAACACAUAAACAUAAAUACACACACACACACACACAUAUAUAUGAAAUAUAUUUCAAAUGCAAUGCUGGACAAGCCCAAGUGCCUGACACCGGCAAAAAUAGGUUUCCAGAAAAGACGAUUGAAGGAAAAGGAUUAAACUUCUUCAUUAAAUGUUAACAUAAAUAAGGCCCAUCCCUCUCACUGGAACAAGUGACAGGUCCCCCACUAAAAUAUUGUACUUUUUGUUCAUUUAAAAUAUGCAUGUACAAAGUAUUUUCUAGAAGAUCUUUAAAAAAAAAAUCAAUUUCCUUUGUACAUACAGACUUUGUGAACUUGUGGCCUCGAUGAACGCAUGUGGAGCAUUAUAAAGAUGUUAUUACUGUUAUUAUGAUGAAGGUCAAACUCCCUUUAGGAUAGAUAAUGCCAUUGGGAGUGCAAACCCUAGAAUACCUGCAGGUUAUUAUUAUUAUUGUUAUUAUCAUCAUUAUUAUGGGUAUUGAAAGGUGGCUUCCAAUCCAACGCGCCGCUGCCACUUCGGCACGCCUACAAAUUGGUACAUUUUUGUAGUGUUUUUUUUUUACACUCUAAAAAGCUUGUGUGUAGUUUUCUUUACGCAUGUUUUUCUAUAAAAGAAAGGUUACAAAAAACAAACAAAAAAAAGGUUUUCUAAAGGAUUUUGCGAGCAAUAACGGUCUGUAUGAAUAAAUACUUGCCAGUGUGACGAUUUGAAUACAAAUUUUAAAAAAUGUACAUAUGUUUUUCCAUGUACAUUAUUGUAUAGUAUAUGUACAUGGUGGCUGUUUCCUUUUUGCAGAAUGAAAUCUUUUCUUACAAUAGUUGUUUUUAUUUUGCUUUUUCUUUCUAAAACAAUUCAUGCAGUGUGUAAGAGAAUAUUCCAAACAAGAUAACCCCCCUUUUUUUUUUUUUUACUGUAGAUUCUUUGUAUGGCUUUUUCUCCAGCCGUUCAUAUUGGUAAAUGUAUAUUUUAUUUGUUGUUGUAUGUUGGUUAUACUCUCUGCCACACACCAGGACGACGUCUUAAAGAUUGUUUCAUCAUCUUCAUGUUUCUGUUUAGCCCUGUGCUGCUGCUAACGCAAAAUCAAACACUUGGAGAAAUGUUUUUUAUGUCAGAAGAAGUUUUCCCGUUUCUGAAUAUUACAUAUGCAGUAUGAAAAGCUCAGCCGACUUGUUCGUCUUUCUCAACCUUCUUCCAUGCGCACCUCUCUCUCUCUCUCUCUCUCGCACGACACUGACUAUAUUGUAAAGUAAAGGACUUUAUGAGAUUAUGUUUGAAGAUAGUUACGCUGAUAUAUACGGUGACUGAAUGUACAGUGUAUAGAUGCAUUACCAGAAAUAAAGUUGUUUGUCCACAAUGCACGACCCACUUUUCUUUUCCCUCAGACACUCAUUAUCUGGCAAAUAGUGCACACAAAGUGAUUCCUGCUGCUGAUGAAUGCAGUUUACUUUACUAGUGCGACUUGUGGGCUAAUGAUU